UGAUGCGCGGGUCUCUCUUAAUCUGCUUCGAUUACUUUUUAAGCGUCUUUGUAAUGCACUGUCACAUUUGUUUUGGAAAUUGCGUUUGUGGUCCUCUGGAGGAUCCCUUCUCGUGUCACUAUUGGGAGUGUGUAAGGUCGAUUCGUCCUAAACCUGUUUGUCCGGUCAGAGAAAACGAAUAGCUUACGUCCCAGGUAGGAGGGGCUCUAGACUUCUGCUCAUACGCCUUGCAUGAGAUUUCAAGGCAGUGGAGCUCGCUAUUUGUCAAAUGUUUCUCAGCGACGCGUAGUCUACGGCGGGGCAAGUAAUCACCUGAAACAAAAGAAAAGGGAUUUACUACCAAGGGGUUGUUUUCUUCCGAUUUCCGAUGGAUCUGGUGGAUUAGGGUUUCUACUAACCGGGUGUUGGGUGUAGCCAUGGCUACACAGGUGGGAGUGAGUUCAGGGGAGGGGGGGCAGACAGCCCCGGGCGCCAUAAAGCCUAGUGUAGCCCCCAAACCUCACCUCAUGCCCAAGCCCUUCUCCCUGAAAAAGACACCCAUCCGUCAAAUACUCGCUCCAAAGCCAAUGGACAAUAAGCCAGUCCUGCAAACCACUGCCUCAGCUAAGCCAAUGCCAACCACUACCCCAAAGCCCACUCCAAAUGAUCAAGCGAAGCCAGACCUAUCAAGUAGCUCUCAACCAGCGCUGACUGGUUCCACUCAAGCAAUCAGUCCCAAGCCUGCUCCUGCUGUUGCACCAAAACCAGCCACUCGCGAUCCAGACGUUGCGUCCCACGCCACACCAGAUAUCACCGCCUCAAAGCCUGAACCAACUAGCCUCUUAAAAGCUCCUCCAGCUGUUGCUCCAAAACCAACACCUGUCAUACCAACCAAAUCAGACCAGACUGAUGUUGUGAAGCCAGACCUACCCAAAGGUAGCGAUGUCGUCGGCGUUGAGAGUCAAGGCAGUUUGGUUAGCACAGCGAAUACACUGCCCAGUACCCACACAGAGAAAGUCUGCCUCUCAAGAACAGCAGAGCAGAACCUGCCAAAGACCAGUGAUGGUGGCGUGCAUCUAAGAACCAGGACAAAGUCUAUCGGUGCCUUUGAUCGCAGACAACAGGAAGAAGCUCUAGAAGAAGGGCAGGGGCCUGACAAAGCUGGGUCUGACACCAGCCAAACCACAGAGACCUCAGAUGCCAAGAACACCGGAAAAUGGCCCAUCCGGAAGCGUCUUUCGAUGGACCUGACGUCCAGAUUUGAGUCCGUCCCCCUGUCCAUCCCUCCGUCUGUUCCGCUCCGGCCGAGCAAGGACAACAACCAGGAGCAGUCUGGCAAAAAGGAGCCGAUCCUUCCCCCAGGAGGACUCAAAGACAGAGGUUCUGAUGUGGACCAAACCGCUCCAGAAUCAGAACCGAAUCAGAAGCCCAGACCCUCAGUGGUGCCAAGGAGGGAGUGGAAGAGAAGCGAAGAAAAGGAAAACGAAAGAGAGAAUGAAAAAGAGAAGGAUGAGUCCAGUGGGGGCUCCAUCAAGCGACGGAUCAGCAUGCUUCUGGACUCUUCGGCGGCCUCCCAGCAGCGAGAAUCCCUGAAAAAAGAGGAGCCCCAACUGGCAUCACCAGCUGAGAUCGCUGUAGAUGUCAAGCAGCGAAUUAAAGAGCUGAAACUGGACGCUGGAAUGUCACAAAACACCUCAAGGGGCUCCCCAUCCCAGAGGCCAUCAGAGGAAUUACCCAGCGGGCCUUCAGAGCUGUCAAUAGAAGGAGGAAGUGAGGAGGCGAUGGUGAAAACUGCCUCAGAGGACAGGGUAGCAGCGCCUUCAGCGGAGGAGAGGACCCCCACUACAGGCUCCUUGUCGGCCCCGGUCCUGGUGAAGCACGCCGUCGGCAAUGUGCCCGUCGUUGGUGUGGUGUGUGCGGUCAGCGAGAGCGUGGCAUUGGCUCCUCUGGAGGACAAAGCCCUCACCCUCCGCCGCUCUGGAGGAUCUGGUUUUCUGGCGGAGCAGGAAGGGGGGUUCUCGGGGGAGGAAGAGGAGGAAGAGGAAGAAGAGGAUGAGGAAGGCACAGGCUUCACCCCAUUACCUGUCUACCAUAGGGUGAGCCUCUUUCAGAGGCAGACGGAGGCUGAGAAAGACACAGAGCCACAGAAGGAAGAGAAGGGUCAGAGAGAGGGGUCAAGAGAAGAGGAGAGGCUCAGGGUGGAGAAAGCGAGGGAGAGAAAACAGGAGGAAGAGGUGAAGAAGCAGAGAGAAGAAGAAAAGCAGAGAGAGUGGGAGAUAUUGCGACUGGAGAGAGAUAGACAGCAAGGGGAGGAGAUGAGAAGACAGAAAGAAGAAAAAGAGAUGGAGAGACUGAGAGAGAUUGAGCAGGAAAGAGAGAGGGAGAGAUUACGGCGAGAGAAAGAAGAUGAAGAGGAGGAGAAGAAGAGACAGAGAGAGGAGGAAGAACAAAGGAUAAGAGAAAUGGAGGAAGAGAUGGAAAGGCAGAAGAGAAAACAGGAUGAGAGGCUUAAGGAAGAGGAGGCAGAAAGGGUGAGACUGGAAAAAGAGAGGGAGAGACAGAGAGAAGAGGAGGAAAGGCUUAGGUUGGAAAGAGAGAGGGAGAAAGAAAGAGAAGAGGAGAGGGAGAGAGAAAGAGAAGUGCAGAGGGAGAGAGAAAGAGAGGAGGAGCAGAGAAGACUAAAAGAAGAGGAGGAAAGAAUAAUAUUGGAAAAAGAGAAGGAACGACAGAGAGAGGAAGAAGAAAGCCUUAGGUUGGAAAGGGAGAGACAAAGAGAGGAGGAGAUAAAGAGACAAAGAGAAGAGGAGGAAAGAAUAAGGAUUGAAAAAGAGAGGGAGAGAGAGAAAGAGAAGGAAAUGGAGAGACGGAGAGAGGAAGAGGAGAGACUGAGGUUUGAAAAAGAAAAGGAAAGGCAAAGAGAAGAGGAGCGAGACAGGGCAAGACAGAAGGAGGAGGAAGAGAGGGUAAAACUGGAACGAGAGAGGGAGAGACAGAUAGAGGAGGAAGAGAGAAUUAAGAGGGAGAGGGAGAGACAGAGAGAGGAGGAAGAGAGAAUUAAGAGGGAGAGACUGAGAGAAGAGGAGCUAAGGAAACAGAGAGAGGAGGAAGAAAGGAUGAGACUUGAGCAAGAAAGGGAGACACAGAGAGAGGAAGAAAACAUACGAGCCGAGAGUGAGAGAAAAGAGGCAGAAGAUAGACAGAGACAACUGGAGAAAGAAAUGGAGAGACAAAGAGAGGAGGAAGCAAGACUCCAGAGAGAGAGGGAGAGACAGAUAGAGGAGGAAGAGAGAAUUAAGAAGGAGAGGGAGAGUCAAAGAGAGGAGGAAGCAAGACUCCAGAGAGAGAGAGAGAGAGAGAGACAGAUAGAGGAGGAAGAGAGAAUUAAGAGGGAACGAGAGAGACAGAAAGAAAAGGAAGAAAGACUUAGAAUGGAAAGAGAAGAGGAGAGGAAGCGACAAGGAGAACAGGAAGAAAGGGACAGGGAAAGGGAGAGACAGAGAAAAGAAGAGGAGCAACUUGAGAGAGAAAGGGAGAGACAGAGAGAGGAAGCAGAGAGGCAAAGACUAGCAGAAGAGCAGCAGAGACAGCUGGAGGAAGAGGCGAGACAGAAGCGACGGCUAGAAGAAGAGAGGAAGAAGAUGGAACGAGAGGAGAAACAGCGAGCACUUGAAGAAGAGAAAGAGAAAGAGAGACAGAGGGAGCAGGAGAGAGAAAGCGAUACAAUAGAAGAAGAAGAAAAAGGGGAAGUUGCAACAUGUGAUGAUUUAAUCAACUUCGACAUGGACGAGCCACAGCCUGCUCCACCGGCACCAUCCGUCCCAGUCGGUGCGGCGUCCAUCGCUGAGGCGUCCAUCGCUGACCCCCUACUGGUGCCGGAGGUCACCUAUGACGACUUCUCAGCGAAGCCCCGGAGGUGGGGCACCAGACCCAAACCUUCCCCCAGAAUCCCCCGGGAUAAGAAACCCUCUGCUGGGGCUGAGGAACCAGGCUUGCCUGCCUCUGCGGACGUUAGCCUCCUGGAUGAUGGUGCACCGCGAUCAGAUGGAGAGCAUUUAGCUGCCGCCGGGCCAACUGCUCCAGAGGAGGGGAGGAGGAGCAGAAGACUCAGCCCAGCACCAGUGACUGCCAAGCAGGAGGAACCCAGCCAGGACAACCAGCCCACCCAAGAACCCUCAGCUCAACGGGAACAGGAAGAAACAGCCAAAAUAAUCAAGGAAAAGCUCAAUAACGUGGUGAAUGAGAGCAGGGGGCAGGACACUGAUGCUUUGAUACCAGAUUCCGAGGGCCAUGACGACACUCAGGAACCAGACAAUAGCCAUUGUGUCAAGAGCACCCAAUCGCCAGAGAGCGUAGUGACUCAACACACACCCACUGAGGCUGAAGAUGAGGAUGAGGAUGAUGAUGAGGAUGAAGCUGACACGGUUGACGGUGAUUUUGCCUCAGAGCCAGAGUUACCUCCCUUCCCUGAGCCCACAACCACUCUGCUGGACUCCAGCGUUCUUCGCUCAAGGGCGGCGCUGGGAAAGAGAAGGAGCACUCGGACACGCCCCCCGAAAGCAGUUCGUCAUAGUGCUGCCAUGGCUACAGUACAGGAAGGCCCUGCCCCUGACUGGAGGUUCUGUGACACUGCAGAUGGAAAAGUGUCCUCGUCUAACCAGGAGGAGUCCGACUCGGAGGACGAACAGCCCAGAGAGAAAGAGCCGUGCCCUCCCCCCGUCCAGCCUCACAGAGUGGCCUUGCCUGGGAUGGACCCUGCCAGCCUAAAGGCUCGUCUGUUUGGAGGGAAAAAACGAAGUGGGGAAGGAGCAAAAGGAGGAGGAGGAGGAGGAGGAGGAGAAGAAGGGGACAGUCAGACAAACAGGCUCAACCAAUCCCCCCCCAUCCCAGCUGCCCGCUCCCCCCGUAGACCCAGAGUACUGCCCCCUGUGGGAGCAAAAGAAAGCGGGGGCGGCCCCUCACCCAAUUGGCUUAAGGAGCUGAAGUCCAAGCAACGCCUUAGCCAGCAUGGUCAGCCUGACAGCGACACCUAAUCUAGUCUAACAGAAAGUGACAUCAGAGGAUGGUGCCUGCUGAAACCCAGAUGACACAGGUGCUGCUGCUGCUGCUGCUAUCGCUGAGCCUUAUUUCCUACGACCCUGUCUGGUUUACAGUUGUGCGCCAUGCCUUCUGGAAGCUUCUCCUGAAUUGACCACACAUAGCAGGAUAGAGGUUGGGGGGGUUGACCUCCUCUUGCUCGGUUCCAUCUGCGGAUCCCUGGUUUUGUGAGCGCUCAAAGGGGACUCGAACUUGAAGAGACUCUACCAUCCAAAUGGACUGACUGACGUGCUAAGACGCUAUGCGAUGCUAAAAGAGGAAGACCACGAGAGACCAAUUUAGUCUUCUUCAUUAUGCACUUUAAUAGAUGCAGGAGGAAGACCACGAGAGACCACUUCAGUCUUCUUCACUUUAGGGAGACGAGACCACAGAACCAAGUGCCUCCAAACUGAGUUUGGUUUUUAUUUUUGUAAUCUGGGAUGGAAAAAAAAAGCGUCAAUGCUUUGCGAUGACUAUGCAUUAAGCAAGUAUAUAUAUGUGCAGGUAAACACCACAUCAAACCUCUGUAUAUUUCGCAGAUCUCGACCAUAGAGUACAUAUUAAUCUCUCUCAUUGUUAUGUUCACUUGCUCUCGUUUAUAUGUACGUGCACAUUCCUGCUAGGACUGUUAGGAGGCUAGCACAAGCUAACGCUAAAUCGAAUGCUUCCCACUCCUAUCUGCCUGUGAGAGGCCUUUGUGCCCCGUGUUCCUGGAUCUCUCAGUUUUGAGAUUGAGGGGUGCAGGAGGAGGGGCAGGGGGGAGGUACACUCGUAUCUCAUCCCAGGGCAGCUACUCUCGCCCUGCUAUGCCAAAAGGAGGCAGUCAGACCGCCUCCUGUCCAAUUCACUGCCAUUAUCUGUGUGUCUUACCAUUCCAUCCCGAACAGUGCCAACUGCCACUGGUGCUGAUGCAAUCGCUCAGCACGGGCACACCCCUGGCACCGCUCGUAAUCCGGUUUCAGAACCGCUGCCAUGCCACCGCCAUGCCACCGCAAGACUUCUGAUUGGCCACCAUGAAAAUAAUUAAUUGUAAUUUACAUAAAUCCCACUCACAGAUGACUGAGUGAUUAUCGAUCAUAUAUUUGUUUUGAUUUGUGUCUUUUUACUUUGCUAAUUCUCUGAUUUUAUGUCAUUUUUUAUGUUGGUCAUUCUGCAAAGCUAUAUUUUUUCUGUCAAUAGGGAGACAUUUUACAUAUGGAUGGGUAAUAUAUGUAUUUUGAAAAGCAAUCAUGGGAAUUCUCUAUUAAAAUAAUUUUGAUGGGGA